AAAUCGACGAAAAAAAAUGGCGACGGACGCACAAAUGGCACAAGUUGCGGAGCUUGAGGUGGAAAUGAUGUCGGAUAUGUACCGCCGAAUGACCAAUUCGUGUCAGGCAAAGUGCAUUGCCACCGCCUUCAGAGAGUCCGAAUUGACAAAGGGAGAAGCCGUCUGCUUGGAUCGUUGUGUUGCAAAGUAUCUGGAUGUUCACGAGAAGCUCGGAAAACGGUUGACAAGCAUGUCGCAAGGAGAUGAAGCUGCUCUUCAGAAGAUUGCUCAGCAAUAAAUUGAAUAAAUUUCUCUAAUUUUUCUCUUAAAAUUUAUAGAUUUUUUUAGCCUUUCUUUGUUGCUUUUCUGCCUUGUUGUUGUGAUUAUGAUGAAUGGAAAAUUCGAAAAAAUUUUCAAAUUUUCAUUGAUUUUUCAGCU